AGUGUGUGGGAGUGAUGAAGGAGAGGGAGGAGACGUGAGGGAGGGAGAGGCAGGUGAAGCCAGCGCCAGUGUUGUCAUAGCGGCGAGGGGAGGAAGCAACGAGGCACAGGAUUGCACCAAACACACAUUUCCCGCAUUUAAAUGUAAAGGAGUGGUCAGUGUUGCAUCUCAGCACCACCAGCAUGGAGCUUUCCCCCUAUGUGCAGGAAAAGCUCCUCCCCGGACACAAACUCACUGAUGUAUCCUUCUUAUGCACCGCCGCACCUUGCUCUUGUUGUGUUGUGUUACUGUUGCGUUGCAGGUCAUGGUGGUAGCAGUCUGCUUGCCUCGAUCAUCUUUGGUUGGGUUGUGGAAGCAGGUCUGGUGGAGGAGUUCAUUAAGACGACUCGGGUCAUAGCGCUGAUUGAGGUGGCAGCCAGUGAGUGCAAGCAGGGUGGGGAGCAGGCCCUCCUUAUCUUCCAAACAGCACGGGUCCCUGUACACAGUUCAAUAGAUCUCAGUAUUGAGCAGAUCAUUCCCAUUGACACUAAUCUCAAAUGUGAAAUUGACACGUCGAGCACAGAUGUGGACACAGACGUCCUGGUGAAUAUCACAUCUGGCAAACUUCGGAUUCUGUUUGAAAUGCCCUUCAGCCAGAGAACAAACUCCUUUGUCUCAGAAAUCUUGAGAGCAGCUGAAGUGAUAGGCAAGCGGCGCGGACCUCCUCCUGAGUUCACGUGGCUGCAGCCAUACCAGCAGAGCAGCAGCAACGGCCUCCAGCAGGAGAAGGACACAAGCAGCACGGCCUCCACAGUGCUGGCGGGUGACGUGGACAGCCUUGCCCCCGAUGCCCGCAGCCUGGGUGAUGUUAGUGUGGAUGUAGCCCAGACCCCACCCUCACCCUCCCUUCACCCUGCUGUCAGUAAUGCAGAGACCAGUAGUCUGCAUAAUGAAGAUGACAAGAGCCCUGAGCUGGGAGUCAACCGGCACAGCAUUGCCACAGGACUGUCCCCAACGCCCAUUGCUGCCCGGGAAAGCCACAUCAAGCACCACAUGAUCCUGAGGGAGGACAGCUACACAGACAUCAAUGAGUUCUCAGUGUUUGUGGGGACCUGGAAUGUGAAUGGGCGGUCACCAGUAGUGGGACUGGCACAGUGGCUCUCAGUGGAUGACGAACCGCCAGAUGUGUAUGGCAUUGGCUUCCAGGAGCUUGACCUGAACACGGAGGCCUUUCUCUUCAACAACACACCCAAGGAGCAGGAGUGGCUAAAUGCUGUGCUAAAUGGAAUCCACCCCAAGGCCAAGUACCAGAAGGUCCGGCUGGUGCGGCUGGUGGGCAUGAUGCUGAUUGUGCUGGUGCAGGAGAAGCACCUGGCGUAUGUCCGUAAUGUUGCCGUGGACACCGUGGGCACCGGCAUCAUGAACAAGAUGGGCAACAAAGGGGCAGUGUCAGUGAGGCUGGACCUGCACAGCACCUCCAUCUGCUUUGUCAAUGCCCACCUGGCAGCCCACCAGGAGGAGCUAGAGCGACGCAAUGAAGACCACGACUGCAUCUUCCAGCGAACCUGCUUCCAGAUGAACAUGAACAUCAACAGUCCACCAAAGGCCAUCAGGGAUCAUGAUCACAUCUAUUUCCUGGGGGACAUGAACUACAGAAUAAACCCUUGUGACAUGAACAUCAGAGAGGUGGCCAGCAGUGCAGACUACAAGAUCCUUCUGGAGUAUGAUCAGCUCACUCAGCAGAAGAAGCAGAAGCGAAUCUUCCACAAAUUCAAGGAGGGAGACAUCACCUUCAAGCCGACAUUCAAAUAUGACGUGGACAGUGAUGAGUGGGAUUCAAGUGAGAAGGCACGGCAGCCGGCAUGGUGUGACAGAAUCCUGUGGUUUGGGGAGGGCAUCACACAGCACAUUUACAGGUCCCACCAGGAGCUCCAGAUUAGCGAUCACAAGCCUGUCAGUGCCUUGUUCACGGCUGGGGUUAAGGUAAUUGACACCAGGAAAUAUCGACGUAUCUAUGAGGAGGUGAUGAAGAAACUAGACAAACUUGAGAAUGAGUUCCUGCCACAGGUCACUAUUGAUACCACAGAGAUCAUAUUUGGUUCUGUCAAGUUCCUUCAACCACAAACUAAGUACUUGACCAUUGCUAAUACUGGACAGGUGCCUGUUGAGUUUGAGUUCAUCAAGAAGCUGAAUGACCAGAGUUACUGCAAGCCGUGGCUCACAGUGAGGCCGUACAUGGGCUUCAUUGUGCCAGGUGAUAAGUGUGACGUGUCCCUUGAGGUGCUGGUGGACAAGCAGACAGCCUCACAGCUUAACUGUGGUGCUGACAAGCUGUACGACAUCCUGGUGCUGCAUCUGGAUGGUGGCAAGGACCUUUUCAUUACUGUCACAGGAACCUAUGAGAGGAGCUGCUUUGGGUCGUCCAUCAAUGCUCUGGUCCAUAUGAACAAGCCCUUCAAGGAGGUGCCGGUGGCCAGACUCAUUGACCUGGAGAGCAGCUACCCCAAGGAAUUGAGUGAGAUGCCUUAUGCCGUCCCCAAAGAGCUGUGGUACCUCGUGAACCACCUCCACUCCCAUGCUCUUGAGGUUAAGGGAAUCUUCAACUACCGUGGCCUUCAGAAGGAAAUCAUUGAAAUCAGAACCAGCCUGGAUGAAGGAGUCCUCAAUGACGUGUUGCCAGGAAGCGUGCACUCAGUGGCAGAGGCCUUGCUGCUCUUCCUGGAGGCUUUACCUGAACCUGUCAUCCCUUACAGCCUCUACCAGGCGGCUCUGGAUGCCACCCCAAACUUCUCCCUUUGCAAGGAGAUUGUGUCCAAGCUGCCUGAUCACCAUCGCACAGUCUUCACCUACCUGAUGGCUUUCCUCAAGGAGCUCCUGAACCACUCACCCCAGAAUGAACUGGAUGCUAAGACGCUCGCACUUGUGUUUGGAAGCAUCCUCCUGAGGAAGCCGCCCAACCAGCCCAUUGACAGACGCAUCUCAAAUGAAGCAAUUGAUAGAAAGAAGCAGAUCUUCAUCCACCACUUCCUUGUGAAUGAUUAUGAGUAGUCCUUGCCACACCCACACACUCACCCACCAGCUUGUUAUUGUUGACACUGAUGUAUAUAUUUAUCAAGUGCAAUUGAUACCUGAUCCUAGUUAAAUGUUGAUGAAUUAUAGAGUGUUCUGUUGAAAUCUAGUCUCUCGAAUGUGUGCAAAUGAGUUUUAUGCAGAUGAUUGAUAAUUUCUUUUUGCAUUUUUUAUGUUAAGUAUUUUGAUGAGUAUUUGGAUUAAGAGGGAAGAAGAAACAGGCUUCUCACCACCAGCAACGUUAUAUGAGUGAUAGAUGUGUUGAUUAUUAUCCAGAAGUGGCUUCCACCUCUCUGAUGUGCUCUGGAUCAAACACUUCCCCAUCUACUGAUGAAGUGAUGGUGUCAGGGGAUGUAGCAGGGGAACACAGAUCAGAGGGAGGAUCAGGAGAUGAAGAUUUGGCAGCUAAUGAUCAAAGAAGGGAUAUUACAAUUUAGAAGAAAGAAACUCUGUUAGAAAAAAAAAAGCUGGAGAUUUAUGUAAAGAAAUCAAAAGAGAAAUCAAGCUUGGGGAUAUGUUGUAGAAUUUUAAGACAUGAUAGGGAUUUUAGAAUUCUAGGAAAACUCUUCAGGAAACUAAGUAAAUAAAUAAGAAAAAAUAAAAGCAAGGAGAUAUUGUCCAAAAUUCGGAAAACUAUAAAGGGUGUUUCAGAAUUUUGGGACACCAUACAGGGUAUUGUGAAAAUUAUUAGAAAAAUAGAAAGAAAAUAGGGAUAUGGUAAAAUCAAUGGCUCAUAAAAUCAAAGGAUGGUGUGCAAAAUUAUGAAAACUAAGGGAAUGUUGAAUAUUUUGUGGUUUUAUUGAGAAAGAAUAAAGGAAAACAAAAUGGGUAGAAUGAAAUUAAGGGGUCACAAUAGCAAGGAAAUAAAACAAUGACAAAAUGACAAUGACAAAAAUCUUGGGGUCCUACUAAUGGGGCAAUUAUCAAUCAGUCGGUACCGUCCUCAUCUUGUUUGGCAGUGCUCUCGAGGGAAGUUAUACAGGUCCUUUGUUUCAUUUUUCAUAUUCUGUGUCUUGAAUCAUUCCAGUUCAACUCAUUCCAUCUUAAUGUAAUGCAUGUUAUGUUUUUAGUCGACUCAUACUCAUGAAUGUUGAGGUUUUAUUCCUUGUGUUGUCUUGCUGCUGUGUCUGAGUGGAGAGUUUGCACAUUUCACCCGGUACACUUGAUGCUCCGGUCCUUCACGGCAUAAUCUACCUUAACUAUCCCUAUGGAGAGAUGUUAUAACCAAUUCAAUGUGAAGUAACUAUUGUUGACAUUAUCAUUAUUUCUUUUCUGUUGUUAUGAAGUAAUUUCUGCAAGUUUUCUUAAUUUAUUUGAGCAGUUGUUAAGUGGUAAUGAAACUAUUUCGUCGAGUUCUCUCUGUAUCUUAAUCUUUGAGUCGUAAAUCUACCUCCUGUCUCAUCCCUCAUUGCUCGGACAAGAAAUUGUUUAAUUGUGCUGUCAUUUCUUUUCUAGUCUUUUAUUGUUAUGCAGUCUUGCACUUACGGAGAGUGUAGAGGCACGAGUGUUUACUAUUUAUACAUACCUGAUAUGUACAUAUAUAUAAUAGCCAUCAAGUCUGUCCAUAUAAACAAGAUUUUAGAGGCAGGCUUGCAGCACAUGAAUAAGACAUGGACAAGUCAGUAUUCAGGGUAUUGUCUCUGUACAAUUUUUUGUAAACAUUUUUUUAAGUAAAAUGCAAUUAUAAAUAUCACAGGUAAAGGAA